AUGCUGGUACCCGUGGGACUCGUCCUGCUCUUGCUGGCCGCGGGUGGCCGGGGCGAUGACACGGUGGCCGCCACCGUGGGCCGUCACACCAUGGGCCGCAUCGCCGAGCUGCUGUCCCGCUCCGAGUGCCUCCAGCUCCAGGCAGAGCUGAACGGGCCCGACAGGGAACUGGAGGAGCUGGAGCUGGAGCUGGAGCAUCUCUCCGAGAGGAGCAGCCCCGCCCCACCCCGCCGGACCCGCCGCGGCCCCAGGGGAUGCUCGGAAGCCCUGCGGGACUGGCUGGUGACGGCAGGAGAGGCGACGACCUGGGACCGGCUGGUCCGGAGCCUCCGCCAGAUCGGCCGCUCCGACAUCGCCCGGGAGCUGGGGAAAAACCUGAACCAAGACCGGAGCCUGCAGCUGCAGAGGAACGUGGAGGGAUACAGCCAGAGCGUGCAGCACCUCAGCUCCGUGCAGCUGCAGCCCGGGGGGGCGAGGGGCAGGAGGGCCCCUCUCACCGGGGACCUGCUCUUCGAGCGGCACCGGCCCCCCCCGUACAGCAGAGACCCCCUGGGCUGGGUCCAGCCCGUGGUCCUGGGCGUCCUGGGAGCCUUCCUCACCUCCACCCUGCUCACCAUGACCCUGAUGUACUACUGCCACUGGAGGAGGCUCCUGGCUGCCUGA